UUUAUAAAAAAAAAAGAAACUUUUUUUCCUUGGUAACUUCAAUAUUAGCCCAUUUCAAGAAUAAAAAGUUUAACUUAAAAAAUAAAUAAAGAGAUACCUUUGUUUAUGAGUAACCUGAAAUUUAGUAUCUUCAUGUGAUAUUGUGAUCUAUACUUUACUUGGUAACUUAGAUUAGUGGCUAUACUAUCUCCAUUUCUAUAUUUAAAAUAAAAAGUUUAUAUACAUAUACAUAUAUAAAAUUUUGUAAUUAUUAGUAUUUAAAAAUCUUUGAUCAUUAGUAUUAUUAGUAAAAAUUUUGUUUUAUUAAAGAUGGAGUAUUGUUGUUCAACAAUAAAAAGCAAUGCCCAUUUCGCAAAAAAUGAUGGAGGUUUUAGAAAUGGUGAUCAUGAAGGUUUUUUGAGAGGUGAAAAGAUUAGAGGGAGUUUAAACGGCACCGUUUUGGUUAAUAAUGUUGCAAAAAGGUUGAGUUAUAAGAAGAAAAGUGGCAAGAUUAUGAAACAUGGGGUUGCUUACUCUGUUAUUACAUCAGAUAAUGGCAAUGAAACUAUGCUUGAGACAAUGGGAGCACCAAGAUUUGAGAGAAGAAGGUUAAAUUCGAAAAAUGCUGCUGCAAUCAUACUUGGUGGUGGUGCAGGAACUCAACUAUUUCCUCUUACCAGAAAAACCGCCACACCGGCUGUACCUGUAGGAGGAUGUUAUAGGCUUAUAGACAUCCCGAUGAGCAACUGUAUAAAUAGCACCAUAAACAAGAUUUUUGUUCUGACUCAGUUUAAUUCUGCUUCACUUAAUCGUCACAUCUCUCGAACGUAUUUUGGCAACGGUGUGAAUUUCGGAGAUGGUUUUGUGGAGGUGUUGGCUGCCACUCAAACACCAGGUGAAGCGGGAAUGAAUUGGUUCCAAGGAACUGCAGACGCUGUUAGACAAUUUACGUGGGUUUUUGAGGAUGCCAAAAACAAGGAUAUCGAGGAUAUACUAAUCUUGUCUGGUGAUCAUCUUUACCGUAUGGACUAUCUUAACCUUUUGCAGAAUCACAUUGACAGGGAUGCUGAUAUUACAGUUUCUUGUGUGCCAGUGGGUGAAAGUAGGGCACCUGAUUUUGGACUAUUAAAGUUUGAUAACAAGGGUAAAGUCAUCCAAUUUGCUGAAAAACCGAAAGGCGAUGAUUUGAAAGAAAUGCGAGUUGAUACAACUUUACUUGGAUUAUCACAAAAAGAUGCUAAAGAAUCACCAUAUAUUGCAUCAAUGGGGGUCUACGUGUUCAAAAGAGAUGUCUUGUUAAAGCUUCUAAGAUGGAGAUACCCGACAUCUAAUGAUUUUGGAUCCGAAAUUCUGCCUGCUGCUGUAACAGAACACAAUGUUCAAGCCUACUUAUUCAGAGAUUAUUGGGAAGAUAUUGGAACUAUUAAGUCUUUUUAUGAUGCAAAUUUGGCGCUUACAGAUGAGGUACCUAAAUUUCAGUUUUAUGAUCCAAAGACUCCAUUUUUCACUUCUCCAAGGUUUUUGCCACCAUCAAAGAUCGAAAAAAGCAAGAUCAAGAAUGCAAUUAUUUCGCAUGGUUGUUUCUUAAGAGAAUGCAAUAUCGAACACUCGAUAGUUGGUGAACGUUCACGUUUGGACUCUGGUGUCGAGCUUAAAGAUACACUAAUGUUGGGGGCAGAUUAUUAUCAGACAGAAUUCGAGAUAGCAUCUUUGCUAGCUGACGGAAAGGUCCCUAUUGGUGUCGGAAGUAACACAAAGAUUAGAAACUGCAUUAUAGACAAGAACGCAAAGAUCGGAUGUGAUGUGAUGAUCAUGAAUAAAGAUGGAGUUGAAGAAGGUGAUAGAGCAGAUGAAGGAUUCUACAUAAGAUCUGGGAUCACAGUUAUACUGGAAAAAGCUACAAUAAAUGAUGGUGUUGUUAUAUGAAGGUCUUUUUUGUGACAGAUGGAGAGUAUAAUACAAGUAAUAAUAUGAUGCAAAAGUGCAUACUAUUUCUCCAUGUGACCAAGAUCAACCAAGCUGCACCAUGGGUCAUUUGAUUGGACCCAAGACUAGUGGUUGUAACUUGUAACCAUACAAUGGGCCACAACAUGGUGACAAAUCCCUUUUUCUUGCAACAAUUUGUAGUAUAUGUAUUAUAUUUGUGAUUACAAAUGACAAUGCAAUUCACUUAUUAGUUAUUACAUAAGGGGUAUGCCAUACCCAUAUUUAAUCAUAUGCAUGAGAAUUCCUGUAUGAUUAAUAAAAAGUUAUUUAACCA